CAUCCAUCCAUGAGAUGAAGAGCCAAGCAGUUGGUCUGGGACGCACAGCUCUGCUGAGGUGUGAGGCUGCUGCGGUGCCUUCUCCGACAUUUGAGUGGUACAAGGGUGAAAAAAGGCUAAACAAGGGUCAGGGCAUUGAUAUCAAAAGCCUCAGCACCAGAUCAAUCCUCACAGUGAACAACAUGACGGAGGAUCGUUACGGGAACUACACAUGUGUCGCCUCCAACAAGCUAGGGACGGUUAAUGAAAGUGUGCCUCUCAUUCCACCCAACACUGCACCCUAUGGGAGCACAGGGAGCGCACACAUCCCACUGGCCUGUCGAUACCUGGUCCUGGCUCUCUCCUCGUUCAUAUGUGUGUACUAGCAGAGGCAAGCCCAGACACAAUGACUGUCGAGAGCAUUUAUGAAUCCUUUUUGACGUUGCUGAUGGCUGGAAUCCAAUCUGGUACAGUUUGUUGAGAAGCUGUGGUGGAAAAUAAUCUGCAUUACUUUGUGUGGGGAUAUACUUUUUUUUUUUUUUUGUUUCUUCUUGGUGAAAUUUCUCAUGUAAAUACUAUGAUGAUUUUUUUAUUACUGUUUUUUUCUCUUAUUUUUUUUUUCUUUACUUCUUUGAUUGAUCUACCACCUUGUGAAUCAGUGUUCACCCCCACCCCACUUUCAAUCAUAUCAACAGCUCCAAAAAUGAGUUACUUUCGUGGAUCUUUUUCCUACAAGGCGAUGACGCAAAAAUUGACAUUUCCAUCUGUUUUUGUACAUGGCUUAAAAGAAGCAAUUGUGUCUGUCGCUACACAGAACUACCAUUCCAAUGUUGUAUUGAAUGUAUUCUUGGCUGUUGAACAAAGGAAAGACAUUUAGAUUCCUAACAAUUCAAAAAUUUUGAUUAUGGAGUGUGUCUUAAAACAUUAUCGUU